UAAUUUUAAGUGAAACACAGUAGUCAGUUUGUUCAGAUAUAUGAAUGUUCUAUUAACCUGCAUACAAGAGUUCUUGACCACACAUAAUUGCUUGUGUUCUCACUGCCCUUCCUCCAUGGAAUUGGAGAUUGGAGGCACUCAUUCAGAUCUCACUCUUGUAGAGUCAUGGUUUGCUUCUGAUGCAUCUACUGGGUAUCUUGAAGAUGCUAUUGUUGGCUGGGAUAUUUGGUGCAAGCAGCAAACCUUACCAUCCUACUCUCAAGAUCAAAAGAAAAGCCAGUAUUUGGUUGGUCAUGAAGAUCCAUUUCCAACAUUUUCUUCCACAGCAGCUCAAAUGCUUCAUGACCAUAAAAAAUUCAUCACUAGGAACCUAUCAUCAUCACAAAAUCAAACACAUGCAGCUGCAGCCAAACAUGAUUCUGCUCAGAAGAAGUGUGCAUCUACAGAGUCAUCAGAUGAGAAUGAUGCUUCAGUUCCAAGUACAACAUUCUUAAAGAGGAGUUACUUGAUUUAUGUCCUUCUGUCACUUUUCUCUUCAGGAGGUUCUUGGAAGAAAAUAGCUUAUCCAUUUGAGUUGGUGAAGCCUGGAGGAGUUGAAGGGGAAACAACACUCAAAGAUAUAAACCACCAGAUGCUGAUGAACCCAUCAAAGCCAAUUCCACACCCUGUAGGAGAUCUUGUCACACAUCCCUGCAUUUCAACAAGUGGGUUUGGUAUCUCAGGAAAAAAAGUUGCAGCCCUUACUAGGAUUCACACCAAGGGUAGAGGCUCCAUUACCAUAGUUAGGACCAAGGGUUAAGUCCAUGUCUGGAAACCCUUAUACCAUUGAUUAUGAAUCCAGAAUCAAUUCGAGGGAGAAGCUGAAGCUGCAAACAAGCUAUAAAUAGAAGGGAAAACUCUGUAUAAUAUUGUGUCCUUGGUUUUUGUAUCAUAGUGUUAGUUUAUAGGAAAUAUACUAAAUGGACUGAAAAAAAUAGCCAAAGGUGUGUUGUAGUGUAAAUUCAAUUUGAAAUUUUGAAAGGUGAGUUGUUUUGAUGAAAAA